ACAAACAAACAUGGCAGCCCCUGGUCUUGGAUCACUUCCUGGCAGUCUCAAACAAAUUCAACAUUAUCUGAAGACUGCAGCAGAACAUGACAAGCGAGAUCCAGUAAUAGCAUACUACUGUCGUCUCUAUGGCAUGCAGAAGGCAAUGGAGAUUGACAGGUCGUCCCCUGAGGCUCGCCAGUUCCUAGUGGGAUUAAUGGAUUACUUAGAAAAGGUGAAGGGACAACUGAAAGAUGAAGAGGCUGUGCACAACGAGGUGAUUGGCCAAGCCCAUGUGGAGAACUAUGCCCUAAAGAUGUUCCUGUAUGCUGAUAAUGAGGACAGAGCAGGGAGAUUCGACAAAAAUGUCGUGAAGUCAUUUUAUACUGCUGGAAUGUUGAUGGAUGUACUUUCGACCUUUGGAGAAAUAGGGGAAGAUAUUGAGAGCAAUAAAAAGUAUGCAAAGUGGAAGGCUGCAUACAUCCAUAAAUGUUUGAAAAAUGGAGAAACUCCCAUUGCUGGGCCUAUGCCAGAGGAAGGAGAUGAUGAAGCUGUCGGGGGUGCCCCAGCUCCUGGUCUGGGCUUUGACCACAUCACAGGCCCGUCAAUGCCACCCAAUCAGAUGACCAUCAGCCAGGAUUCCUCGCAGUUCCCAGCCCCAGGCGCUCACGCCCCUCCCAGCACACCACAAGACCCGACCCGUGGAGACUACCAACAGCCUGCCCCCUCUGCGUACCAGCCAGCACCCAGCAGAAGCCCACAGCCUGUACCACGGUCUUUACCUGCUGCUCAACCUGCUGCUACGUCUACUUACCCCGAGUGGACCCCUCCUGCUAAUCCUGCGGGCGUGAAGCUAACAGCGGAACAAUACCAGAAGGGAAUCAAGUACUGUAAAUACGCCAGCUCUGCCAUGCAGUAUGAGGACUCGGCCACAGCUAUUGACAACCUGACGAAAGCUCUCAAACUACUCACCACAGGAAGAAAUGGAUAAGUAGUUCAUGAAGUUAAAAAAAACAACUAGUAUCUCUUUGAAACACCUUUGCCUUUUGUGAUAAUUUGUUAUUCAUUAUGUAUAGCAUAGAAUGAAUGAACCAUUACAUUUUUAUAAAGAAAAAUAUUGUCCCUAGAAAAGUGAUCACAGUGAAAUAAUAAUAGAUUUUUGUAAUAAAACUGAAAUGGCUGUAUUAUUUUUUACCAUGGAGAAGUUGAACAACCUGGUAGACACAGUGUAUCUUUUUUUUUUUAAGACUGAGUGCUUCAAAACUAUUUAGAUACUUUCAUUUCUUGAUCUGCUUCAGACUUGUCUUUGAUUGCUUUCUUUUCUGUUUUCUCAGGAGGGAUUUGCAAUAGAUUUUCUCUUUCAUUGAUUAAUUGUCCAUGUUUUAUUCCUCAAGUUAUCACAAUUUAGAUCUUCUAGGAGGCGGACUGCUUCAACACUGCUUAUCACGGCCAGUCCUAUCUGUGUGAAAUACUAUGUCCCAUUUGAAAGAUGGGGUCUACUUCCUAGAAUAUUUUCCCGUGCCUGGAAUCUACCAUUACCUUUGCAUGCACUACAAAGAGCCUAAACAUUACACCACAGACCAAGCAGUCUGCCCCAGAAUGAUCUAAACUGUUGUUGAAUUGAGCAUAAAAGAUAUGCAAAAUCAACCAGUCUGUUCUCUAUUUAAAAAGUUAAAAUAGAUGAAACGAUCCAGUUCUUUUAUUACAAAACAGCGGUAAAGACUAUUGUGGAGUUGGAGAUUAUUGCCUGUGUAAACUUCUCAAUAUGUACAGAGUUAUUGUGUAUGUGUACCUCUUGGAAGUGGUUUUGAACUUUGUUGACUCUGGCUGCUGACAUUUUCUCUGCCGAGAGCUUUGAAUUUUAUCAAGUUGAUGUUCGGAUUUUAGUUACCUCUGUCUGCAAAAUAUUCAAAAUGUGAACAUUAUUUUACAGAAGAAAAUUGUCACACGGAACAAAGUGCAAAUGCCCAGUAGCAUCAAUGGCAUUAACAUAUAAAUAUUGGAGAAAUUAAAGAGCAGAUUUUUUUGCCAGUCCUGUCUUUUCUAAAUAGAUCAAUGCAGCCUUAAUUCAAAAUGAGUAUGAGGUAGGCUGUUUUGAUCCGGUCCAAUAAACCUGCGUACGGAAGGGUGUUUGAAAAGUUGCAGUCUUGUUUCUGUUUGAGUCACAGUGCACUUUGUCUUGUCAUAUAAAAAAUUUUUAAAAAGAUGUGUAAGGAAUAUACUGUGAGACGAUGGAAACCCUUUUCUUGUUCUCUGGGUUUACGCAUGUACCAGUAUGAAAGUGAAAGUGUUACUGUUACUCACUCCUUUUGGGUCUGUGAAUGUUUUCUCCCAUCAGGCUUUUGUUUUUUUUAUGUUGUAAGCGCUUUUCCUGGAUAGUUCAGCUUUGUAAUAUGUUUCCUGAGGUCUGUCUUUUUUAACACCUGCCUAGAAUAAUAUGGUAUCUGUAAUACGCAUUUGGUGAUUUUUGAUUGACAUUUAUGUAAAUAAAUGGAUGUUAAAUUAA